GCGUAUAUAAUGGAGUGAAGGCGGGAUGAGCAGUUUAAACAAGGUAAGGCAAAGCGAGUUAGAGGUUCUGCGUUUGUGGAGUUGUGCGUGUCACGAUAAUCAUAACACAAUGGCUGGUGGCAAGGCUGGGAAGGAUUCCGGAAAGACUAAAACAAAAGCCGUUUCGCGCUCCCAGAGGGCAGGGCUGCAGUUCCCCGUGGGCCGUAUUCACAGACAUCUGAAAUCCAGGACGACGAGUCACGGUCGUGUCGGAGCCACUGCGGCCGUCUACAGCGCAGCCAUUCUGGAGUACCUGACUGCAGAGGUGCUGGAGCUGGCGGGGAAUGCCUCCAAGGACCUGAAGGUGAAGCGUAUCACCCCGCGCCACUUGCAGCUGGCCAUCAGAGGGGACGAGGAGUUGGACUCGCUCAUCAAAGCCACCAUCGCCGGCGGAGGAGUCAUCCCACACAUCCACAAGUCUCUGAUCGGAAAGAAAGGCCAGCAGAAGACCGUAUAACGUUUCCCCACCCCCGAUCUCCAUCCCCAUUGGCCGGAAGGCAGAGGCCCCGGGGCCGAAAUGUUGAUUCUGAAGGACUGAGAACGUUUAAGACUUUUAAAGGAGGAGGGCGAGUUUCGCUCCUGCUCGAUUCCGGGUAUUUUUUUAAAAGAAGGUUGGCUUCAAAGAAGCUUGGUUUUAAUUUAGGCUUUGAGUUGAGGUACCGCGAUGGCAUGGCCUGUGCCAGCGCAGGGAUUGACCGGGGUCAGGGUCAGCUUUGAAUCCAUACGCUUUUGACUGAUGUUACAUCCUGGAAUAAAGGUCAA